AAAGUUUUAGGUUAGAAAACGGGUCUCAAUUUCGACCCAUGAAAACACCCUACAUCAAGCACCACCACAAGAGGUGCAGCUGCUGCGUGAGUCACCGCCGCGAGAAGUGCCACCACAAGUAACAUUAUAGUGAGAAGUGCCCCGAACGACGGGUCGAAGCGCGAUUUUGACUAAUUGCUCUUUUCCCUUUCUCUCACUACUUUCUGUCCAUUUUUUUCUUAAUCUCAGUAUUUGAAGCCAGAGUUGAAGAUUUUAUUAUUUGAAUUGUGAGGAAGAUUGAUCAAAGAAACUGAGGGAAAAAUGAAGAUGGUAACUUCUUUCACCGGCAACAUGAAGAGAGCUGCUGCUGGGCUUAAACGCAUUAAUCUUGAUGGUCUACGAUGGCGGGUUUUUGAUGCACAAGGCCAGGUCCUUGGGAGGUUAGCUUCUCAAAUCGCUACUGUAGUUCAAGGAAAAGAUAAACCAACUUACACCCCUAAUCGUGAUGAUGGAGAUAUGUGCAUUGUUCUUAAUGCAAAGGAUGUUUGUGUGACUGGGAGAAAACUCACAAAAAAGGUCUACUACUGGCAUACAGGCUAUGUUGGCCACCUCAAGCAAAGGACUCUAAAGGAUCAAAUGGCCCAUGACCCUACUGAUGUCAUUCGCAAAGCUGUUCUGCGUAUGCUGCCCAGAAACAAACUACGUGAUGACAGGGAUCGAAAAUUAAGGAUUUUUCCUGGCAGUGAGCAUCCAUUUGGUGAUCGGCCACUUGAACCUUAUGUGAUGCCUCCGAGAAGUGUACGAGAAAUGACGCCACGAAAAAGGCGUGCCAUGAUUCGAGCACAGAAGAAGGCUGAGCAGCAACAACAGAAUGCUGAUGGAAAGAAGGGCAAAAAUGGAGAAACGCAGGAAGAAAUUGCAUGAAGAUACAAUUUUGCUCAAGGAAGAUGGUGCACACACUGAUUAUCAUUCAAAUGGAAAACCAUCUGUCUCAAAAGCAUAGACCAAACAAGACAUUAUUAAAGGCUUAGACCAAAGAAUUUGAAAACUUUAUUGAUUAUGAAAAACUGUCAUGACAAUUUUUCAAAUAAACUAUUUUCAGUAACUUGUAUUUUCAGAAACUGCAGGUCCACAUUAAAUAACAAAAAAUUGUAAAAUUGAAACACUUCUCUAAACACUAAUCCUAAGCUGGAUGAUCAACAAAUUCUUCAUUCAGCAUUUCUAUAUCUCUUGACAUUUUGGUGAAUGAUCAGGCUUUCUCUAUCUAA